UCACUAGUGUGAGCUCGACGGCGUCAUGGCGGAGGCCGGUUGUUGUAGGACCCUCAGCUGAAAUGCUGUCACUCCGCAAUCGCAGGUGAAUAAACAGCACUUUCUGUCGUAUAUUCGCUGAAAAAUAAAGAAGGAAAACUAUUUUGCACACCUGGAGGAAGAAACCAAGAAACUUGGCACAAAUUCAAGCAAGAUCGGCCGGGGCUGCUCUCCCCGGGAGCCAGCCAGCUAGGCUAACUGGCUAGCCUAUAUAGUUAGCUCCUAGCCACAGAAAAUAAGAAAAGGCAGUACCAGUUUGCCGUGGCUAUUCAGGGGAGCUGCAUUCAACCAUUAAAUAAAGUCUGAAGUUGGAUUAUUGGAUUUUUCAGAAGCCUUUAUCAUUCUGACCUGAACAUGGCUGGACGAAGUGACGAUGAAAGUGUGAGCAACAGCAGUGGAGAAUCAAGUAACUCUGAUGAUGAAUCUGGGUCUGGAUCGGGGUCUGGUUCUGGCUCAGGCUCCAGUUCCAGUUCCAGCAGCAGCAGUAGCCAAUCAGGGAGCAGCGACUCAGGAAGUGGCUCAGAUUCCGGCAGCCAUUCAGAUUCUGACUCUGAAAAAUCAAAGGAGAAGAAUGAACCACAAAACAAGGCCAAUAUUGAUGGGGCGGAGUUUUGGAAGUCCAACCCCAGCAUCCUAGCAGUGCAAAGGUCAGCCAUGCUCAGGAAACAGCAACUCCAGCAGCAGCAGCAGCACCAACAACAACAGAGCUCCUCAAACAGUGGAUCAGAUGAGGAUUCGUCCAGCAGUGAUGAUUCUGACGAUGACUCGAGUGGAUCCAGAAAGAAAAGAAAAUCAGAAUCUAGUUCAGAUUCUGAAUCUGUGUCUGGGAGUGGUUCCGGGUCAGACUCGUCCGCACAGGAAGAGGAGCGCAGUGAUGAGACAGUGUCCGACUACGAGCCCAGCCACAAAGUCAAAAGCAGAAAGCCACUGACAAAGGCGAAUGCCAGAAAUGGGAAGAAGAGCAGCGUUCAGAAGAAGAAACCCCAUCAGGGCGGUUCAUCCUCAGAGGGUGACUACGACAAGAAGGCAGUGCCAGGGGGGCCCAGACGACAGGCCACGGUCAAUGUAAGCUACAAGGAGGACGACGAGCUAAAGACUGACUCGGACGACCUGGUGGAGGUAGUGGGUGAGGAUGUGCCCCAGCCCGAGGAGGACGAGUUUGAGACCCUGGAAAAAGUGAUGGAGUCACGGAUAGGGAGGAAAGGAGCAACGGGUGGCACCACAACAGUGUACGCGGUGGAGGCCGACGGGGACCCCAAUGGGAAUUUCAAUUCAAACAAGGAGGCCGGGGAGACGCAAUACCUGAUCAAGUGGAAGAACUGGUCACACAUCCACAACACCUGGGAGACGGAAGACACUCUCAAACUGCAGAAUGUCAAGGGCAUGAAGAAGCUGGACAACUUCAAGAAGAAGGAUCAGGAGAAGAGGAAAUGGCUCAAGGCGGCUUCGCCAGAAGAUGUUGAGUACUUCAAUUGCCAAGAAGAGCUCAUGGAUGACUUGCAUUCACAGUAUCAGCUGGUAGAAAGAAUCAUUGGGCAUUCCAAUCAGAAGUCAGCAGCAGGCUACCCAGACUACCUGUGCAAGUGGCAGGGUCUGCCCUACUCGGAGUGCAGCUGGGAAGAUGGAGCCCUUAUAGGCAGAAAGUUCCAGAAGUGCAUUGACGACUACAUGAGCCGGAACCAGUCCAAGACCAUUCCCUACAGAGAUUGCAAGGUGCUGAAGCAGAGACCCAGGUUUGUACCCAUGAAGAAACAGCCGUCUUACAUUGGAGGUGAUGGACUUGAGCUCCGAGAUUACCAGCUAGACAGCUUAAAUUGGAUGGCCCACUCCUGGUGCAAAGGGAACAGCUGUAUCCUGGCUGACGAGAUGGGCCUGGGCAAGACCAUCCAGACCAUCAGCUUUCUUAACUACCUGUUUCAUGAGCACCAACUAUAUGGGCCGUUUCUGCUGGUGGUGCCCCUGUCCACUCUCACGUCCUGGCAGAGAGAGGUGCAGCUCUGGGCCCCCCUCAUGAACAUUGUUGUCUACCUGGGUGACAUUCGCAGCAGAGGCAUGAUCAGAACACAUGAAUGGAUGCACGUCCAGAACAAGAGACUGAAGCUAAACAUCCUUCUCACAACAUAUGAAAUUCUCUUGAAAGACAAGUCAUUCCUGGGUAACGUAAACUGGGCCUUUAUUGGAGUGGACGAGGCCCACCGUCUAAAGAACGAUGACUCUCUCCUUUACAAGACCAUGAUUGACUUCAAGUCCAACCACCGGCUUCUGAUCACAGGAACACCGCUGCAGAACUCUCUCAAAGAGCUCUGGUCCUUGCUGCACUUCAUUAUGCCAGAGAAGUUCCACUCAUGGGAGCUGUUUGAGGAAGAGCAUGGGAAAGGCAGGGACUCGGGCUAUACCAGUCUGCAUAAGGAGCUUGAGCCCUUCUUGCUGCGGCGAGUCAAGAAGGAUGUGGAGAAGUCUCUCCCUGCUAAGGUGGAGCAGAUCCUCCGAGUGGAAAUGAGCGCCAUCCAGAAACAAUACUACAAGUGGAUCUUGACGAGGAACUACAAGGCCCUCAGUAAAGGCACCAAGGGCAGCACUUCUGGCUUUCUCAACAUCAUGAUGGAACUUAAGAAGUGUUGCAAUCACUGCUACCUCAUUAAGCCCCCAGAGGACAAUGAGUGCUACAACAAAGCUGAGGCUUUACAGCACCUCAUCCGUAGCAGUGGGAAGUUGCUGCUGCUGGACAAGCUGCUGCUGCGUCUGAGAGAGCGUGGCCACCGCGUCCUCAUCUUCUCCCAGAUGGUCCGGAUGCUGGACAUCCUGGCCGAAUACCUGAAGAGCCGCCAGUUCCUCUUCCAGAGAUUGGACGGCUCCAUCAAGGGAGAAAUGAGAAAACAGGCUUUGGACCAUUUCAAUGCAGAAGGCUCUGAGGACUUCUGCUUCCUGUUGUCAACUCGAGCGGGAGGCCUUGGCAUCAACUUGGCAUCUGCCGACACAGUAGUUAUUUUUGAUUCUGACUGGAACCCCCAGAACGAUCUGCAGGCACAGGCCAGGGCUCACAGGAUUGGCCAGAAGAGACAGGUGAAUAUCUAUCGUCUGGUGACAAAGAGCUCGGUGGAGGAGGAGAUCAUAGAGAGGGCCAAAAAGAAAAUGGUGCUGGACCACCUGGUCAUCCAGAGGAUGGACACUACAGGAAAGACUGUCCUUCACACUGGCGCAGCACCUUCAAGUUCCACUCCAUUCAACAAGGAAGAGCUGUCUGCUAUCUUAAAGUUUGGUGCUGAAGAGCUUUUCAAGGAGCAAGAAGGAGAGGAGCAGGAACCUCAGGAGAUGGACAUCGACGAGAUUCUAAAAAGAGCAGAGACUCGAGAGAACGACCCAGGCCCCUCUACAGUGGGCGAAGAGCUGCUCUCUCAGUUCAAGUUUGCUAACUUCACUGUAAUGGAGGAGGAUGGAAUCGAGAUGGACUCUGAUCGAAAUCCACGGGGCUGGGAUGACAUCAUCCCUGAGGAACAGCGGAGGAGGAUGGAGGAGGAGGAGAGGCAGAAGGAGCUGCAGGAGAUCUACCUGCUGCCACGCAUGAGGAACUGUGCCAAACAGAUCAGCUUUAACGGCAACGAAGGUCGGAGGAGCAGGAACCGGAGGUACUCCGGGUCGGACAGCGAUUCUGUGUCAGAUCGCAAGAGGCCCAAAAAGAGAGGGCGACCACGGACCAUCCCGCGCGAGAACAUCAAGGGCUUCAGCGAUGCCGAAAUCCGAAGAUUUAUCAAAAGCUACAAGAAGUUUGGUGGACCAUUGGAAAGGUUGGAUGCUAUCGCCCGAGAUGCAGAGUUGGUAGACAAGUCGGAGUAUGACCUGAAGCGCCUGGCGGAGACUGUUCAUAAUGGCUGUCUGAAGACCCUCAGGGAGAACCCCUGUGGACCGGAGAAAACCUCAGGUGGUAGGAGAGGCAAAGUGAAAGGACCCACGUUCCGAAUUUCCGGCGUCCAGGUGAACGCCAAGCUGGUUAUCUCCCAUGAGGAGGAGCUGGCGCCGCUCCACAAGGCCAUUCCCGCUGACCCAGAGGAAAGGAAAAGAUACACAAUUCCAUGCCACUCAAAGGCAGCACACUUUGACAUAGAUUGGGGGAAGGACGACGACUCAAGCCUCCUUAUUGGAAUCUACGAGUACGGGUAUGGCAGCUGGGAAAUGAUCAAGAUGGACCCCGACCUCAACCUGACACACAAGCUCUUACCAGACGACCCAGAUAAGAAGCCUCAGGCCAAACAACUGCAGACAAGAGCCGACUACCUCAUCAAAUUACUGAGCAAGGACCUGGCCAAAAAAGAGGCGCAGAGGCAAGCGGGGACGGCAAACUCGCGGAAGAGGAAACCCAGGAAUAAGAAAAACAAAGCUGUGAAACCGGCCAAGGUGGACCAAGUGGUGAAGAGCCCAUCCUCAGAACCCCCUACGGACAAGACCUCUGAGGACGAGGAGAUAGAGGAGAAGGAGGUGGUCCCUGUAAAGCCACCACCUAGAAGGGGCAGGGCCGAACGAGUGGUGGUGAAGCAGGAAGAGGAGCCCGAGGCAGAGGACGUGCCUUCACCGCUAGAGGAGAAAGAGCCCAAAGAAAGGGAGAACAAGAAAGAGGUGAAAAAGGAGAAAAAAGAGGAGAACCGGGAUGUAAAAGAGAAAAAGGAGUUAAAAGAGAAAAAAGAUAUCAAGCCUGUGGAGACUGUAAAUAUACAGGAAGAGCUGAGUGAGGUAAAAGCGGAGGUACGAGAGAAGGCCAAGAAAUCCUCAGACACUCCUGUCCACAUCACUGCUGGGGGGGGGGAGACUGUGCCCAUCACAGAGGAAUCUGAGGAACUUGACCAGAAGACCUUCAGUGUGUGCAAGGAAAGGAUGAGGCCAGUGAAGGCAGCGCUGAAACAGCUGGACAGGCCAGAGAAGGGCCUGUCGGAACGUGAGCAGCUGGAACACACACGCCAGUGCCUCAUCAAGAUAGGCGACCACAUCACUGAGUGUCUCAAGGAGUACUCCAACCCAGAGCAGAUCAAACAGUGGAGGAAAAACCUUUGGAUAUUUGUUUCAAAAUUCACGGAAUUCGAUGCAAGGAAAUUGCAUAAAUUGUAUAAACACGCUAUCAAGAAGAGGCAAGAAAAUGCGCAGGCAGCUGACCAGAACACUAGCACUGUAAAUACCCACGGCUUUAAACAUUCAGACAUUGAGAGGCUUAAGGACAACUCUCACCAUGACGACAGCAGCAGAGACAGCUACAGCUCAGAGAGGCACCACCCCCCAUCACGCUACCAUGAGCGUGAACACAGCAGCAGCAAGGACCGACACACACCGUCUGACCCCUACAGGAAGUCAGAGUCCAGGAAGAGGCCCUACUCCUCCUUCAGCAACGGUAAAGACCACCGAGACAGAGACCACUACAGGAGCGACCGACAGGAUAGCAGAUACUACAGUGACAGCAAGCACAGGAAGAUGGACGAGCACCGCUCCAGCAGAGAGCACCGGAUGGACAGCAAAGAGCGUUCUCACUCGGACCACCGCUCCCAUUCUGACCACCGUUCGGGCUCAGACUACCACAAGUCGUCGUCACGGGACUCCUACCGCUACCACUCAGACUGGCAGUCGGAACACCGGGCGUCGGCCAGUGGGCCCCGUUCACCCAGAGACCAGCGCUCCCCUUACGACUCACGGUCACCCAUGGGCCACCGGUCACCCUUCGAGUACUCGUCCGACCACAAGAGCACGCCGGAGCAGAUCUGGAGCAGCCGCAAGACAUAACGGGAGGCUGGGCUACCCUAGUCUGGCCUAACAUGGACUGGCCUGGUUAAGACUAGUCUAGCCUAGACCUGAGGCAAGGGUAUCAGCCAUAGACUCACAAUGAACACAGGAAAUGCCUUAUGGGGGACUGGAUAAAACUAUAAAAGCUGUACUACGCACUGUUCAUCUGAUUUCUCAGUGCGACUGUGGUCUCCACUCCCCAAAGGUGCACCACAUAUCCCAGGAACUAUUGGUGAGGAGGGGGUGCAUACAAAUGACAUAUUUUUGUAUUUAAGAGUUAAAAGCUGCAUUGUACCAUAGGUGGAGCAGCAUAGGUUUUGAUUAUUUUUAUAAAAAUCUUCUUUUUUUUUUUUUUUUACUGAAUUGGACCCAGAAUGACCUUGAGUGCUGCCCUGCAUUUUCACUAACCGACCCAUGACACUGGAUCCAGCUAUUGACUGUUGUCUCUCCAUCGCUCUCACAAGCUUACUGAGGUCCUCAAACAUAUUUAAGUGUUAAAUCAAGAAGAAAAGUAACAUGUUAGUAUUUUGUCUCGUGAUCAUGUAUUAAGAGUGGACAUUAUAAAAGGGUCUUGUCUAAAGCAGUCUGAAGGUCUUGGGCUCACCUUCCAAAGUACCUCGUUUACAGUGUUUCCCAUGGCCAUCUUCAUGGCCAUGUUUCUUUUCUUCUACAGAUUUUCUUUUUUUGCAUCAUGCUUGAAUUAUUUAAUUUCUGUCCCAGCUGUAAAAUAACCUGGACAUUUUUGAGAGCAACUGAAAAUGUAUCGUUUUCACAUAUUACUACUGUAAAUUAUUGUAAAAUAGUAAAUGAAUGGGCUUUUUCUUCUCAGGCUUUGUUGGGUUUGCUAUAUUGUGAAUCUACCUUUCCCCAUCAACUCAGGCUUUGUUUUGUCAGUGGUAUAAAUGAAUUUGUUUUCAUACAACAGUAUCUUAACAAAUGCUAUUCAGAAUGUAACUUUUGGUAUACUUGGGGGGGAAAUAAUUCCAUUUGUCUAUUCCUCUAGCAGGACUUGUAGUACUUUGAUUUCUGUCUCUUUCUUAAUUUUGGCGGAGUGGGGGAUGUCACAAAACACUCACAUUACUACAUCAUGAAGUAGACAUGAGAAAGGUCUAUACAAUAGAGCCGCCUGAUAGAUGUCUAAUAAACAAGUCUUUUACAGAAAUCUUUUUUUAUUAUUAUUCUUGUUUCUAUGUAGGCAAUAAUGUCAAAUCUUCUAUGCAGCCAAGUGUAUGUCUAGCAAACAGCCCAAGUGAGUGAUGAUGCUGUUACAGUUCACACUGUUGUACAUAGAUUUCCUCUAUAUUUCAAAAUGAAUUUACACUGAAAAUGCAUGGAUUUUUAAGAAUUGUUUUAUAUAGUUGUUUAUAAAGUCAUUAAACUCAAUCACUGUA